AUGUCAGACGACGUCCAAUAUCCCACGGGAUUUUGUCUGCGUGACCUCGUCAGCUGGGGAACAACCAGCCUGGUUGUGCUCGAUAAUGCCUUCGACAUAGUCAUCAAGGCCCCCCUUCGAUCCCGACAGCCGCGGAGUGUGUAUGAACGCUUCGCCCAGCGCGGCGGUCACGCGGGGCUCCUUGUUUACCACGGCGUCUUCGAGUCGGGAAUUCGUCUGGAAUAUGCUCCGAGACAGAACCUUCGAUUACACGCUGCUCAGGUUGCCGAGGCGAUCAGAUCUGUUCAUGAUUCUAGGGUCAUUCAUGGGGACUUGACCUGCGCUGAUUUUGCCGGAUCGUCAAUAGACGAUUCUCCGCUCUUGGUACUCAUCACCGAGAGUCAUGAGUUUCCAGGACCGAUCUUGUCCGUCCGGACCGACCUGUUCGCCCUGAGCUCUGUGUUGUACGAGAUCAUGACCGGCCACCCCCUUUACGAAGGAUUGAUUGACGCGGAGAUCCCUUCUCUGUAUCUAAAUGGCCAAUUUCCCCAGAUCGCGUCUCUUGGGGCAGCUGGGAUUAUUAUUGAAAAAUGCUGGAAGGACGACUACUCUGAGGCCGGGGAAGUUGUUGAAGCUCUGCAAGUUAUCAAUCCCAUUGGAUUCGGUGGCACGUUGCGCCUAAAAAAAUAUGGUGCCGUCUCGGUACCGUCUUGCUGA